UUAUCGUCUCGCCGCCCGUGUGCGCCUCCUCGGUGCUGACUGGAGCCUGGGAGCAGGGGGAGGAGCCUGCGGGGAGGCUGCUCCGCUCCCAUGUUGAUGUUUGUUGUUUGUGAGGGUGGCAGCUCUGUGUGGACGGGGGCACGAUGUGAACGGAGGCUGCUCGACGCUCACCGGGGACCGCUGCAACUUCUCCCCCGCCCCGACGCUGGGACCGAAGCCCGUCGACGCGCGUUCACCGUCGGCUGCAACGCCGAGCUCGUCGCGUCUUCUCCGAACGGCAGCCGCUCAGGAUGCCGGAGCUCGCCUGAGAGCGCCCCGCCGCGCUGUCGUCUCCGGAGCCCCCCUCGUUUUUUUCCCCACACGGUCACAAACUAAACAUUUCCCUCCGAAACUUGUAAAAAUGCUCUUCUUCGUUGUGUCUUCGGCUCGUAACAAACCUGGAUAACGAGCGGAGUAGCUACGUGACGACACCCCCCGCCGCCGCUUCCACCGCCGCCGCCACGACGACUUUCCCUCGCGGCACAUCUGCCCCGGGAUUUAUCCAGCUGUGGGGACCGUAAUCGGCGCUUCAUGCAUCUCGGGGUGUCUGAGUCCAUGAGAGAGUGCGAGUACAGCCAAAUCAGCACUCGCAGCUCCACGCCAAUGGAGACCCCUUACAAGAAACGGACCCCAAAGAAGAAGAAGUGGGAGUCCUUCCCUGGUCGGAAUAAAUUUUACUGCGAUGGGAGGAUUAUGAUGGCCAAGCAGACAGGGGUUUUCUACCUCACCCUUGUCCUCAUUCUAGUCACCUGUGGACUUUUCUUCACAUUUGAUUGUCCAUACCUGGCGCUGCAGUUGACCCCGGCCAUCCCAGUAAUAGGGGGUGCACUCUUUCUGUUUGUACUGGGGACGCUGCUGAGAACCAGCUUCAGUGACCCAGGGGUGUUGCCCAGGGCCACCCCAGAUGAAGCAGCUGAUCUUGAAAGACAGAUAGAUGUGGCUAAUGGCAGUACAGGCUACAGACCUCCGCCCAGGACCAAAGAGGUGGUCAUUAACGGCCAGACUGUCAAACUGAAGUAUUGCUUCACUUGCAAGAUCUUCAGGCCGCCACGUGCCUCCCACUGCAGCCUGUGUGACAAUUGUGUAGAGCGCUUCGACCAUCACUGUCCCUGGGUGGGAAACUGCGUGGGAAGGAGGAACUACCGUUUCUUCUACAUGUUCAUCCUCUCGCUUUCCUUCCUCACCAUCUUCAUCUUCGCCUUCGUCAUCACACACAUCAUUUUACGCUCCCAUCAAAGUGGGUUCCUCAGCGCACUAAAAGGUAGUCCUGCCAGUGUGCUAGAGGUGGUGGUGUGUUUUUUUUCGGUCUGGUCCAUAGUUGGUCUCUCAGGCUUUCAUACCUACCUGAUCAGCUCCAACCAGACAACUAAUGAGGAUAUAAAAGGUUCAUGGUCUUCUAAAAGAGGGAAGGACAACUACAACCCCUACAGCUAUGGCAAUAUCUUCACCAACUGCUUUGCAGCACUGUGUGGACCCCUGCCACCAAGCCUUAUUGACAGAAGGGGCUUUAUCCAAUCAGACACACCGCAGCUGGCUCCAUCUACCAAUGGCAUCACUAUGUAUGGGGCCACCCAGUCUCAGCAGAGCCACAUGUGUGACCAAGACCAGUGCAUUCAGAGCACCAAAUUCGUUUUGCAGGCCGCCACCACCCCUCUCCUCCAGCAGCAGAGCAGCGAGCCCAUCAUCCUGACGGCCUCUUCUGAGAACGGAAGCUCGCUCCCUGGCCGUACCGCCCUCACCCUGGGCGGCCCGUGCACCUCUCUCACCCUGGGCCAACCCACCCCUCCGACGUCCACCCCCAGCCUCAGCUGCCACGAACCCACCGAUAUGCUGCCCAUCCAUGGGCUCAGCCACACACACAACCACAGCCACCCCAUUCAGGAGCCGGUGGCCCACCACCACUUCCUCACCCCUGAGGAAGUGCCCUCACCGCCUGGGAUGCUUCCAUGUGGCAGCCCCAUGGGUCACAGCCACACCAUGCAGGCCGGUUUCUACAACCCAGCCAGUCAAGACUCUCUACACGAGGACUCUGUCAGGGGACUGGUAAAGCUCAGCUCUGUCUGACGAAAGGAGAAACUCCCUUCCCACCUUCUCACUCCUGAAAUCACACACCCAACCCUUAAGCUUGCCCGUGCCAUGUGCUGGACCACUUCACUCUCCCCCUGAAUCUGUUUCCCUUCUCCCCUCAGAAGGACUUGAGAAGUGAAAAAGGCUGUGAUUAAAAUUCAGCUGCUGGAAACCAUGCGGAUAUACAAAACUGAUAUCAGCUGUCCUCGACCAGUUUCCUGCCAGAAGUCUCUGCUGGAAUGACAAGAAAUGAUUUUUGGUAUGUAUGCCAUCUGACAAAUCUUUUUGUAAUCUAAGGGACUCAAAAUUCAGUAGCUCCUGGAGACUGGACAGCAGUGUUUCGUUUUCACAGUGACACAUGUCUGUGAGCCAUUUUUGAUUAUUUUUUUUUGUUUUGUUUGUUAAACGAACUUGACCUUUUUGCCUGUUGCUGAUUUGGAGCUUGUCUUUUGACCUUUUUUUUCUCGGACAUUCUGAGCAGUGCAAUGGUUAAUGUCAUCAUGUUGCAUAUCAUGUUGCUUUUUCUAUGUUACGAAAUACGACACGGUUGUACUGUACCAUGGUUAUUACAACUCUUACAAAUUAUAUUUCCUGUGGAUAAUAAUAAAACACCAACUUUUUAUCAAA